AUGGACUCCGUCAAAGGCAAGGUCUACGCCGUAACCGGGCUGGGCGGCAUCGGCCUAGCAGUCGCACGCCAACUACACGCGCAAGGCGCACACCUCUCACUAGCUGACCUAAGCCCAAAAGUGCUAGAAACAGCCCUCCAAAUCCUCGAAGCCGAGCCUAGCACUGCAAAAAUCACAACAACAGCCCUGGACAUCAGCAACGCAGCCGCAGUAAAAGACUGGAUCGCAUCGACAGUCACACAUUUCGGCCGACUAGACGGCGCGGCCAAUAUGGCUGGGACGAUAGGCAAAGUGCAUGGCACGGGCAAAUUCAUCGAUCAGGAUGAUGAUGAGUGGGAUAUGUUGAUGCGGGUAAAUGUUACCGGGUUGAUGUAUUGUCUGCGGGCGGAAUUGCGGGCGAUUAUGGAGUCUGCACCUGAUGGGAAGGGGAGCAUUGUUAAUGCUAGUAGUAUUCAGGGGUUGAGGGGGUUUGCGUUGCAUGCUGCUUAUUCGACUACUAAGCAUGGGGUUAUUGGGUUGACGAGGUCUGUUGCUAAGGAAGUUGGGCCUCAUAUUCGGGUUAAUGCUGUCGCGCCUGGCUCUAUUCAGACGCCCUUGCUUGAUAUGGCCAAGGAGAUUCAAGGUGGCAUUACUCCUCCGCCGACUGUUAUUCCGCGCAUCGGGACUGCUGAUGAGGUUGCGCAGACCGUUGUUUUCUUGCUCAGUGAUGCGGCUUCUUACACCACUGGCCAGGUUGUGAGUGUGGAUGGCGGGUGGGAUGUAUGA